AUGUCAAAGGUAUGUAGGGAGAUAUUCUUAGGCGUUGAUUGCGAUGGCGACUACAUCCGACGCGUUGCUGGAACCGUGGGCACGGUCUCACCUCUGUUCAAGAUCAAGGAUGCGUUGAUGGAGGUUUACUCCGAGGAUCCACCGGAUCUUCCAGACCUUGAGGAUGUCCUUCAGCAUGUCUCGCAGCUGGACUACCAGGCUUAUUGCACAAUAUUUGCCAUCAACGGCGGGCCGGAAAGUUUCAGGAAGUAUAUGAAGGAGGCCUCCAACGCUCUCGAUGUGUGCAUCAAGGAUUUCAAUACCCUCGCUAAGGCAGUACAGAGGUAG